AUGCAACAAGAGAAGUUAAAAUACGGGCCAUAUAAGCGGCAACGCUGCACAGGGCGGUGAACAGAGCAUGAGCCUGUGUAAACUCUAAGAGAGAGAGAGAGAAAGAGAGAGUGUCUCGGAAAUUCUCGUUUGUGCAUGAUAGGUAGGCUGCGUCAUUUCAACGUUAUGCACUGACAAAAAGUCCAUCAUACUUCGUCAUUGACGAAUUAUAACGACAUUGCAAUCAUCUAGCAAGUUUCGAGUUCUUUCGCUUCUCCCGCUUCUUUUUGGUCAGAUGCAAAUGAUACAAACGUAUAACACAAUCGUAUGUUUUACAUGACAUUUAUUCCAAUAUACAUAUUCCAUAUGUUUCACAAUUCCAUUGUAUGUAAUUGAAAGUAAAUAUUAUUCGCUUUUAUUAAUAAAAUAAAAUUGCAAUUAUGUAUGCGAAAAUUGCAACUAUGAAGAAUAGAAAUAAAAUAAUUAGAAGUAGAGAAUAAAAUUACAAUCAAUAUGUUAUUUACUAGUUGCAUUUUUUUCAAUAGGUUUGAAGACACUUUUAACCAUAACUCGAAUAAGAUGACUGAUAUUAUCAAGCACAGGGAUUUAGGAAAUGAUUCGAACUUUAAGCCCUCAGCAAAUACGCAUUUAUCAUCACCAGUUGUUGUAACUACUAAUAUAUACAAUGAUGAAGUAGAUAAUAUUGAUUAUCGUUUCGAAGCAGCUAGACUUCAAAGUUUUGAAAAUUGGCCUGUAUCAUACAUUGAACCUGAAAAACUUGCAGCUGCAGGAUUUUAUUAUACAGGCGAUGAUGAUAAAGUAAGAUGUUUUGAAUGUCAGGUAGAGAUAGGUCAAUGGGUAGAAGGAGAUAUUCCCAUGGUUGAUCAUCAGAGAUGGUCUGCAAGAUGCAGAUUUAUUCGCAAAAUUAAUUGUGGCAAUGUGCCAAUUGGAGUAGAUCCCAGUUCAAUUAUACCACCAAGACCUAGAAGUAGGGAUGUAUGUGGUCCUUAUGAUCUUGAAUAUCGUCCUACGUCUGGUCCUGAUAAUCAUAAUUUUUCAACGGAAUUACAACUACCAAGUACAGCUAAACUUGGCUGCUUAGGUAUUGGAAGAACUAAGGGACCAGUGCAUCCUGAAUAUGUUAGUUAUGAUGCUAGACUACGCACAUUUGCAUCAUGGCCAAAAUUUAUGGCACAAACAAAGGAACAAUUAGCAGGUGCAGGCUUUUAUUAUACUGGGAAAGGUGAUCAAACUUUGUGUUAUCACUGUGGAGGUGGUUUAAAAGAUUGGGAACCAGAUAAUGAUCCUUGGGAACAACAUGCAAAAUGGUUUUCUAAAUGUUGUUAUUUAUUAAUGGUUCAAGGGCAAGAUUAUGUAAAUAAAAUAACAGGCCAGCAUGUAUCUCCACCUUCUAAAGAAGAAACAAUGCAAAUGAAUUUACCCAGUUGUAUUAAAAAGGUACAACCUACAAACGUAGAAACUGAAAAGAAGGAGGAAACAGGAAGCAAUUCAGGAUCAAAUUCUCAAGAAAAUGAUAUUCAGAAUAUUGCCAACAAUACUGAAUCCAUAAAAGAAAGUGUAGAAAAUAUAUCAAAUGUGAAAGCACAAAGUAGUAAAUCCAUGGAUGAUGCAAGGAUGUGUAAAAUUUGUUAUAAUGGAGAAUUAGGGGUGGUAUUUUUACCAUGUGGACAUAUGGUUGCGUGUGUAAGAUGUGCUCCUGGCAUGACAACUUGUGCAGUAUGCAGAGAACCUGUUACUAUGACUGUACGAGCCUUUUUCUCAUAG